AUGUCGUAUAUGGACCGAUUCAAGACAGCCGCGCUGAAAGCCAAGAACCAGGCGUCGAUGUACGCUCAGCGUGGCUAUGCGCAGCUGGAGUCUCAUGCCAAGAAUGUGCAUGCUGGAUUUAGCCUACCAGCCGAAUGCGAGCGUGCCGCCAAAAUCCUUGAGGGGUUCCUUGCCGAUCCCAACAACCCUGAGUCGGCCUUGAACUCGAUUCCCAAAGCCGUUUUGCUUCAAGCUAAGGGUCUUGCUAUAUUCACUGUUUUCAAAUCCGGAUUCGUGUGGUCGGGCAAGGCCGGUAGUGGUGUCGUCGUGGCCCGACUGCCCGAUGGAUCGUGGUCCGCGCCAAGCUGUGUGGUCACAGCCGGCGUGGGCUUUGGAUUCCAAAUUGGUGCCGACUUCACUGAGUACGUCAUCGUGAUGAAUAGUGAAGAGGCCGUGCGCUCGUUCGGCAUGGCAGGUAACUUGUCAUUCGGCGGCAAUCUCGCUACCGCCGUGGGACCCAUUGGCACCGGUGCGGCUGUUUCCGCCAGCCUCGUGCACACUGCGCCGAUGUUUACCUACAGCCGCAGCAAGGGCCUCUAUGGUGGCGUGUCGCUGGAAGGCACGGGUCUCCUUGAGCGCAAGGAAGCCAAUGCCCAGUUCUACGGACAACCGAUCCCUGCAAUGGACUUGCUGAUGGGCAAGGUUCCGGCUCCGGAAGCAGCCUCCGUCAUGUACGAAGUCAUUGAGGCAGCAGAGCAGGUGGAUGAGACGGGUCUGCCUCAACAGGCGUACGUGCCUCAGGAGCACUUCGGAGAGUCGGCUACGCUGAGCCCGACGGGACAAGCUGCGCCGGCGGCCACAGAAAAGCCUGCGGAUGCUCAUGAGGAAGAUACCAAGGCAUAG